CCAGCCUCUGGGUCGCUUUUUCUCUAUCUUCAUCACGCAUACUUCAAUCUUUUUCGCUUUUGUCUUUCUUUGUCCUUUGAUUGCUACCAUAAAUUAAUUAAUAUUCUGCCUCCUUCUCUUCACAUCAAAGUCCAUGUGGUGUCAGCUUGUGAAGAAGAAAUGUAAUAAGGAUCUUGGUUUAAGCUAAGUGCCCGCAGCGCAACAACCUCACAGUCCUAGUAGACUGCACACCCAGCUACCAUCUAAUGGGGUCAGAGCAAAAUCGAUUUCCUCAGCAUGAAAGACGAAAGAGAUGGGGAGGAUGUCUGGGUGCAUUUUCUUGUUUUGGUUCACAGAAAGGUGGGAAGCGCAUUGUACCUGCAUCUCGCAUUCCUGACAGUAAUGGGUCAGCCUCUCAGCCCAAUGGACCUCAAGUGGCUGGGUUGACCAAUCAAGCCACAGGACUAGCUCCUUCUCUUUUGGCCCCACCUUCUUCUCCCGCAUCCUUUACACAUUCUGCUCUUCCUUCCACUGUGCAAUCACCUAGUUGUUUCUUAUCAUUAUCUGCUAACUCACCUGGCGGUCCUUCAUCUACAAUGUUUGCCACUGGACCAUAUGCUCAUGAACCACAACUGGUGUCUCCUCCAGUCUUCUCAAAUUUCACUACUGAGCCAUCUACUGCUCCUCGCACUCCUCCACCAGAGUUGGCUCACUUAACAACUCCCUCUUCCCCAGAUGUACCUUUUGCUCAUUUUCUCUCGUCUUCAGUGGACCUUAAAAAUAGUGACAAAAGUAACUACAUAACUGCAAAUGAUCUUCAAGCUACAUACUCACUCUACCCUGGAAGUCCAGCCAGCAGCCUUAUAUCACCAAUAUCAAGGAACUCUGGUGACUGUUUAUCAUCCUCUUUUCCUGAGCGGGAGUUCCACCCACAGUGGGAUUCAUCACUAUCUCCUGAGAAUGGAAAAUAUCAGAGGACUGGGUCUGGGAGGGUGUCUGGGCAUGACAGCAAUGCUGUCACUAUGGCAUCCCAAGAUACAAAUUUCUUUUGCCCUGCUACCUAUGCACAAUUCUAUUUAGACCAAAAUCCAUUUCCUCAUAAUGGUGGGAGAUUAAGUGUUUCAAAAGAUUCAGAUGUUCAAUCUACUGGUGGAAAUGGACAUCAGAGUAGGCAUACUAGAAGUCCUAAGCAAGAUGUGGAAGAAAUAGAAGCUUACCGAGCAUCUUUUGGUUUCAGUGCAGAUGAGAUUAUAACUACCCCUCAAUAUGUGGAAAUUUCUGAUGUAAUGGAGGACUCGUUUACCAUGAUGCCUUUCACUUCUAGUAAAUCAACAAUGGAAGAGAGCAUAGGGCCUUCAUUUAUGAAAGAAUUCAAAGCUCAGGAGACACAAGUAGCAUUGCAGAGUCUGAAAAAUCUUAGAUUAGAUCCAGGUCCAGUUGGCAAGGAAGCAAUUAUUCAAGCCCCUAUAUGUCAAGGAUAUGAAGAUCAUAAAUCACAAGGACAUUGUAGCAACAGCUCUGGACUAAGUACACCGGAUAACCAUACUCUCAUAGAUGAUGAGGAUAUAUUCUCAAAAUUGGGGUCAUCCAGAAUCUGUAGGAAAUAUCAAACGGGAUUGUCGUGCUCUGAUGCGGAGGUUGACUACAGGAGGGGAAGAAACUUACGAGAAGGAAAGGGAAUGUAAUAUGGCAUGACUAAGAAUCAGUUAAUCAGUUGAGAACAGAUCGUCUGUUAUCUGUGUAUUAAUUUGUAGCUUCCUUUUCAAAAAAAA